GAAAAGUGGAAAAGGACGGUGAGUCACUCAUGAGCAUCAAAGAAGAUUUGUUAUCCUCAGUCUGAAUUUUUGUUUAGAAAAGAAGCACAAGGUAGCUCUCUUCCAGACCAAUCAUCCAUGGUCCUGGCUUUUGGCUGUGCUGGAAGCAGAUUGCACGUGUUCCCCCUGCUCCAUGCUCCUGUCUUGACCCAGAGGGCAAGAAGAAAUAAUGGUGACAACACCCAAUAGGACUGGGGUGCUCAUGCCUUUCCAUUGCUAAACCCCAGUUACUGCCCCUUUCUCUUCCCUCUGUCCCUUAGUUUCUUUUUACUGUGGUCCUGAGAUUUGGGGUUGUUUUUUGUUGGGUUUUUUUUGCAUCCUGAUGAGAGCACCACUGCAGACCAUGAUGUGCCUGGGGUUGUGGGCAGCUGCCCUGCUCUGCUUGUUCUCCCCUGGCACUGUGCGAGGUGACUGCUGGCUGAUUGAGGGGGACAAAGGUUAUGUGUGGCUGGCCAUCUGCAGCCAGAACCAGCCCCCGUAUGAGACCAUCCCCCAGCAUAUCAACAGCACGGUGCAUGAUUUGCGUCUGAACGAGAAUAAGCUCAAAGUGGUGCUGUACUCCUCCCUCAACCGCUUUGGCAACCUGACUGAUUUGAACCUGACCAAGAAUGAGAUCUCCUAUAUCGAGGAUGGAGCAUUCAUGGGCCAGUCAAACCUCCAGGUCUUACAGCUGGGCUACAACAAACUCACCAACUUGACAGAGGGCAUGUUGCGGGGCAUGGCCCGUCUCCAGUUCCUCUUUGUGCAGCACAACCUAAUUGAGCUGGUCACCCCUACUGCCUUCUCUGAGUGCCCCAGCUUGAUUAGCAUUGACCUGUCAUCUAACCGUCUCAGCCGCCUGGAGGGAAACACUUUCACCAGCUUGAGCAAUCUGAUGGUGUGUGAGCUGGCUGGCAACCCCUUCAACUGUGACUGUAGCCUUUACAGCUUUCUUAACUGGCUGGCGCUCUUCAACAAUGUCACCAAGAACUAUGACCGGCUUCAGUGUGAGACUCCACGGGAGUUCGCUGGGUACCCACUUCUGGUACCUCGGCCUCACCACAACCGCAAUGCCAUCACCAUCUUCCAGUCCAUGUGCAGAGGUGGUACCAUCCCCUCCCUCUCCAGGGUCAACCCCACUCCUUAUACUCCUGACUCCCAGCGAGACCUGGAUGAGGGUUCAGCCAUCAGCCCUGGGGACUUCCUCUCAGUUAAGCCUCCAGCCUCCUCCACCACUGACUCCUCCUUCAGUCCCAGCAUCAAGCUCCAUGAUGUCACCAUCACCUCAGCCAUCCUGAUGGUAACCAUCCCCAUGCCCUACAGUAAGAUGUAUGUCCUGGUCCAAUACAAUAACAGCUAUGUUUCUGACAUAGCAACACUAAAGAGCAAGAAGGAGUAUGUCACAGUCAACAAGUUGAAGGCCCACACUGAUUAUACUUUCUGUGUGGCCUCCAUCCGCAACAACAGGCGCUACAACCACACUUGUCUGACCUUUGCAACCCGGAGCAAAGGCAGGGAGGACCCUAUUUCUAGUACUUCCACCACCACCCACUAUAUCAUGACUACCCUGGGUUGCCUCUUUGGGAUGGUCAUUGUCCUGGGGGUGGUGUACUACUGCCUGCGGAAGCGGAGGAUGCAGGAGGAGAAACAGAAGUCCCUCAAUGUCAAAAAGACCAUUCUGGAAAUGCGUUAUGGAUCAGAUAUUGAUACCAGUACCAUGGUCCAUCCUUCACAGAAGCUGGGUGAGCCACCAGUCAUCCCUGUCUCACGGAUGUCCUCCAUCCCUUCCAUGAUUGGGGAGAAGUUACCCCCAUCAAAGUCAAUAGAGGCUGGGAUGGAGACUCCUAAAGUCACCACUAAAGGCAAUUACAUUGAGGUGCGGACUGGUGGUGGGGAUGGGCUGGAGCGAACCCAGCGGGAUGAGGACCUGAGAGAGCUUGACAAUGGACAAGGCUCAGCUGCUGAGAUCUCUACUAUAGCCAAGGAAGUAGACAAGGUCAACCAGAUCAUCAACAACUGCAUUGAUGCUCUGAAGCUGGACACAGCCUCCUUCCUGGGUGGUGGGACUGGUGUUGAUUCAGACAUGGCCUUUGAGUGCCAGUCCAUCCCAGCCAGUUCCUCGGGUGGGCUAGAGCGGCCCAGCUUUCUUUCACCACCCUACAAGGAAAGCUCCCACCACCCUUUGCAACGCCAGCUCAGUGCUGAUGCUGCUGUGGCCAGAAAGACCUGCAGUGUCUCCUCUAGUGGCUCCAUCAAGAGCGCCAAGGUCUUCAGCUUGGAUGUGCCUGACCACCCUCCACUCAGUAAAUCUGACUCCAAAUACAUUGAGAAGGGCAGCCCACUCAACAGCCCUUUGGAUCGUCUUCCCUUGGUGUCCCCGGGCACCAUCCACCACUUGGAAGUCAAGCCUUCUUACCAUUGCAGUGAGCACCGUCACUCCUUCCCAGCCCUGUACUAUGAGGAAAGUGCUGAUACCUUGAGCCAGCGGGUGUCAUUUCUCAAGCCACUAUCCCGGUCCAAGCGAGACUCCACAUACUCCCAGCUCUCCCCCAGACACUACUUCUCAGGCUACUCCUCCAGCCCUGAGUACUCAUCAGAGAGCACCCACAAGAUCUGGGAGCGAUUCCGGCCUUACAAGAAGCACCACAGGGAGGAGGUUUACAUGGCGGCUGGGCAUGCCCUGCGGAAGAAAGUUCAGUUUGCCAAGGACGAGGAUCUGCAUGACAUCCUGGAUUACUGGAAAGGAGUCUCUGCUCAGCAGAAGCUGUGACUCUUCCUCACUCUUUCCAAGGAAACAAUACAAAACAAGACAUCCCCCCAACAACCAGAAAAAAAAUGCCACUUGAC